UCGGCGAUGAGAAGAGAUUUUAACGGCGGAUUGAUCGCCUUCUCUAGAAUUUUAAAGAUUUUUGAUAAAAAAACCGGACUAUCGGAACCUUAUUUUCAUAGUCAAUUUAGGCUUCUCUGCACCACAAGUAAUUCCAUAACAACGACGCACACUUUCUCUCCGCUUCUCAGGCAAUGCAUAGACGAGAGAUCGAUAUCAGGAAUCAAGAACAUCCAAGCCCAGAUGCUCAAGUCUGGUUUUCCAAUCCAACUUUCCGGCAGCAAACUCGUCGACGCGAGCUUGAAGUGUGGCGAGAUCGGUUACGCUCGCCAGCUGUUCGACGGAAUGCCUGAAAGACAUAUUGUGACAUGGAACUCUCUAAUUGCAUAUUCUAUUAAGCAUAGAAGAAGCAAGGAAGGUGUUGAGAUGUAUAGAUUGAUGAUCACCAAUAAUGUUCUGCCAGACGAGUACACAUUGUCCAGUGUUUUCAAGGCGUUCUCGGAUUUGAGUCUUGAAAAGGAAGCCUUAAGAAGCCACGGACUUGCCGUGAUUCUGGGUUUGGAAGUCUCAAAUCUGUUCGUUGGAAGCGCCCUCGUGGAUAUGUAUGUAAAGUUUGGCAAAACGAGGGAGGCGAAGUUAGUAUUAGACCGCGUGGAUGAGAAAGACGUAGUUUUGAUCACAGCUUUGAUCGUUGGUUACUCACAGAAGGGUCAAGAUGCAGAAGCUGUCAAGGCAUUUCAAAGUAUGUUGGCGGAGGGAGUCCAGCCUAACGAGUACACUUACGCCAGUGUAUUGAUAUCUUGUGGAAACUUGAAGGAUAUAGGUAUUGGCAAGUUGAUUCAUGGACUUAUGAUCAAGUCUGGGUUUGAUUCUGCUCUUGGCUCACAGACGUCUCUUCUGACAAUGUAUUUAAGGUGCAGCUUAGUCGAUGAUUCCUUGUGGGUUUUCAAGUGUAUUGAGUACCCAAAUCAGGUGACUUGGACGUCUCUUAUAUCGGGGCUUGUCGAAAACAGUAGAGAAGAAAUGGCCCUUACCGAAUUUGGAAAGAUGAUGCGUGAUUCAAUCAAGCCAAACUCUUUUACAUUGUCAAGUGCUCUCAGGGGUUGCUCGAAUCUAGCAAUGUUUGAAGAAGGAAGGCAGAUUCAUGGGAUAGUGACUAAAUAUGGUUUUGACAGAGAUAAGUAUGCCGGGUCAGGGCUCAUUGACCUGUAUGGGAAAUGUGGAUGCUCAGACAUGGCAAGGUCGGUUUUUGAUACCUUGAAUGAAGUCGAUGUUAUAUCUUUCAACACAAUGAUCUAUAGUUAUGCACAGAAUGGUUUCGGACGCGAGGCACUCGAGUUGUUCGAGAGGAUGAUAAAUCUUGGACUGCAACCGAACGAUGUAACAGUCUUGAGCGUACUCUUGGCUUGUAAUAACUCUGGAUUAGUUGAGGAAGGUUGUGAAUUGUUUGACUCUUUUAGAAAGGAUAAGACCGUGUUAACGAAUGAUCAUUACGCUUGUAUGGUUGAUAUGCUUGGACGGGCAGGGAGAUUGGAAGAGGCGGAAAUGCUAAUAACCGAGGUGGUAAACCCUGAUUUGGUUCUGUGGAGGACCCUGCUUAGCGCCUGUAACAUUCAUAGAAAUGUAGAAAUGGCAGAGCGGAUCAAGAGAAAGAUCCUUGAGAUAGCACCUGGAGAUGAAGGAACUCUCAUUCUCAUGUCAAAUCUCUACGCAGCCACGGGGAAAUGGAACAAAGUCAUUGAGAUGAAGAGCGAGAUGAAGGAGAUGAAGCUGAAGAAGAAUCCAGCUAUGAGUUGGGUUGAAGUCGAUAGAGAAACGCAUACAUUCAUGGCUGGAGAUUUGUUUUCGCAUCCAAACUCAGGGCAGAUUCUUGAAACUCUUGAAGAGCUGAUUAAAAAAGCUAAAGAUCUGGGUUAUGUGGAAGACAAAAGCUGUGUGUUUCAAGAUAUGGAGGAGAGUGCAAAAGAGAGAUCUUUGCAUCAACAUAGCGAGAAACUAGCCAUUGCUUUUGCGGUUUGGAGAAAUGUUUGUGGAACUAUAAGGAUUCUAAAAAACCUUAGAGUUUGUGUUGAUUGUCACAAUUGGAUCAAGAUCGUCUCAAGAGUUAUAAAGAGAGAGAUUAUCUGUAGAGAUUCAAAGAGGUUUCAUCAUUUCAGGGAUGGUUCUUGUUCGUGUGGAGACUAUUGGUAAAAUGAUAGGCCUAUAUUCGUCCCAAGCCCAUUUCAUAUGAACUGUGAGAGUGGAAUAGAUUUGAG